CAGAGAGCGACAACAGACCGCAGCCAUGAGGGAGUGCAUCUCGAUCCACAUCGGUCAGGCUGGAGUCCAGAUGGGCAACGCGUGCUGGGAGCUGUACUGCCUGGAGCACGGGAUCCACCCGGACGGCCAGAUGCCGUCCGACAAGACUCUCGGCUACGGCGAGGACAGCUUCAACACGUUCUUCAGCGAGACCAGCACCGGCAAGCACGUGCCCAGGGCCGUCUUCGUCGACCUCGAGCCCAGCGUCGUCGACGAGGUGCGGACUGGAACGUACAGGAACCUCUUCCACCCUGAGCAGCUGAUCACGGGGAAAGAAGACGCCGCCAAUAACUACGCUAGAGGCUACUACACUAUAGGUAAGGAGUGCAUCGACGUCACACUGGAUCGGAUCCGCAAGAUGGCGGACCAGUGUGCGGCGCUGCAGGGCUUCCUGGUGUUCCACUCGUUCGGGGGCGGCACCGGCUCCGGGUUCGGAUCUCUGCUGAUGGAGAGGCUCUCUGUGGACUACCCAAAGCGCAGCAAGCUCGCCUUCUCUAUCUACCCGGCCCCGCAGGUUUCAACAGCUGUCGUCGAGCCGUAUAAUGCUAUCUUGUACACACACCCCACGCUGGAGCACUGUGAAGUGGCCUUCAUUGUGGACAACGAGGCCAUCUACGAGAUCUGCAGGAGGAACCUCAGCAUUGACCGACCAACCUACACCAACAUCAACAGGCUGAUAGGUCAGAUUGUCUCAAGCAUAACUGCAUCAUUAAGGUUUGAUGGUGCUCUUAAUGUGGACCUGACAGAGUUCCAAACCAACCUUGUUCCUUACCCAAGGAUUCAUUUCCCUCUGGCAACAUACGCUCCAGUUCUUUCUGCGGAAAAAGCAGGACAUGAGAAGAUGAGUGUAGCAGAAAUUACAAAGUCCUGCUUCGAACCACAACAUCAAAUGGUGAACUGUGACCCACGGAGAGGCAAAUACAUGGCUGUCUGUAUGCUCUACCGUGGAGACAUUGUGCCAAAGGAUGUCAAUUCAGCCAUCUCUGCAAUUAAGAAAGAGAAGACCAUACAGUUUGUAGAAUGGUGUCCAACUGGAUUUAAGGUCGGUAUCAACUAUCAGCCCCCGACAGUGGUUCCUGGUGGUGACCUGGCUAAGGUGGAGAGAGCUGUGUGCUGCUUGUGCAAUACCACAGCUAUUGUAGAGGCAUGGAUGAGGCUUGACCAAAAAUUUGACCUCAUGUUUGCAAAAAGAGCGUUCAUGCACUGGUUUGUUGGUGAAGGAAUGGAAGAAGGUGAAUUCUCUGAAGCUCGUGAAGACCUGGCAGCACUGGAGCUAGAUUACCAGGAAGUGCAGGAGGAUGCUGCAUCAGAGACAGAUGAGGACAAAGACGAAUAUUGACUCAUCACAGUUUACUACCAAUACUACGAUCUGGAUACUGCAAUCUUAUCAAAAAUCGUGUGCAAGAUAGUGACAUUCUGUCAUCAGAAGCAUUAAAACUGUCACACGAGUCAUGCACCAUGUCAGUGUCGUGGACAUAAUUAAUGAAGAAAAAGUGAUGUAACAUGUCUAUGAGAUGUGAAAUGACAGAACAUUCUUUCUAUUUAUCAUUCUGUCAGUAUGAUGGGGUGUUAGGUGCAUUCUUUAGAAUUUGAGACAUUUUCCCUUUACUGCCUACAUAAAGCAGAUUCAAAUUUUCAAUAAGCUAAUAUUAACCAUUUUAAAUCAGUAACUAAUAA